GUUUGUGUUAUGGUAGACAGCCUGAACUUUCUCUAGUUCCUUAAAUGGGUUAUCUCUUUCCUGUUCCACAGGGAGCGGAUGGGUUGUCCUUUACCAUUCAGUGUCCACCUGCACUUGAUUAGACAGCAGCAGUUUUACAUACCACACCACCAGAAUACCAUGAUGACAUAGCUUCAGACAAGAGCGUGACUAGGAUUUUCCCCCCAAGCCCUUGUAUCACAGAGGAUCUGGCAGCCAGUUACCUUCUGACACUGUUUAUAGCAUAUAUUGGUUGAUCCAGUCCCUUACUGAAUCUGCUGUGGGAAUUAAAGGAAGCAGCUUCAAGUCAGAAACAAGCAACACACACUCCAAAGAUGCAUCUGAAUUCUCUUCCUUUCUUCCUUUUCUUGAUCAGUGGCAUCUUCUGUCAGUAUGAUUAUGAUAGAUAUUAUCCUUCAGAGUCUGAUUAUGGUUAUUCUCACCUAAUGUCUGAGCUAUCAACAGCAGUCUGUGCACCAGAAUGUACUUGCCCUAUAACCUAUCCAUCAGCCAUGUACUGUGACAAUCUUAAACUGAAGAGUCUCCCAAUUGUUCCUACUGGAAUUAAAUACCUGUAUCUCCGCAAUAAUAUGAUUGAAGGCAUAGAAGAAAAUGCCUUUGAAAAUGUAACAGACCUGGAAUGGCUAAUCUUAGAUAAUAACCAUCUGGAAAAUUCUAAAAUUAAAGGCAAAAUCUUCACCAAACUAAAGAAUUUGAAAAAACUGCAUAUAAAUUACAACAACUUAACCGAAGUAGUUGGGCCACUACCCAAUACUCUGGAUGACCUGCAACUCACUCAUAACAAGAUUACAAAAAUCAACCCCAACACACUUGAAGGAUUAGUGAAUCUGACUGUCGUUCACCUACAGCACAACGAAUUGUCCGAAGCUACACUUUCUGGAGUUUUUAAAGGCUUAAAUUCACUUUUGUAUCUUGACUUGAGCUUUAACAAACUUUCUAAGCUGCCUUCAGGACUGCCCCCUAAUAUACUGAUGCUGUAUUUUGACAAUAAUCAGAUUACCAACAUUCCUGGUGCGUAUUUCCAGGGUUUUAAAGCACUGCAGUAUUUACGUCUAUCUCACAAUAAGUUAACAGAUUCUGGGAUACCAGGCAAUGUUUUUAAUAUUUCUACCCUUGUUGAGCUGGAUCUCUCCUAUAAUCAGCUGAAGAGCAUUCCAACAGUAAAUGAGCACCUCGAAAACUACUACCUCCAAGUCAAUCAAAUAAACAAAUUUCCAGUGAGCAGCUUUUGUAAGGUUGUUGGAGCACUAGCCUACUCCAGGGUCAGGCAUCUGCGUUUGGAUGCAAAUAAUCUCACAAGAGCAGAUCUUCCUCAAGAAAUGUACAACUGUCUCCGAAUGGCUGCUGAUAUCUCCUUGGAGUGAUUGGUGCCUCAUUUAAUUUAGAUGCCAUCUCUGUUUUCAUGAUUUACAACACUUUAAAGCUAGAAUGUCACACUGCAUAAUAUCUAUUGUGUUUGUUAAUAAGUAGCAUGAUUCUGGCCACCUCUAAAAAUAAUGCUUCUAUUCUAGCAAGUCUGUGAUUCUAGAGUUUUGUAAAGCUAGGAAGUCCCCAUAGAUUGUGGACAAAAAUGUUUUCAUGUUUAUUUCUUAGACUGUUCUUGGUAAGACAAUAAAAUACAGCCUGAGUUUGAAAAGUUUUUUUAAAAGCACUGGUGUACACUUAUAAUAACACACACCACUCCUGGUGUGCAGUCCUAUUCAGGUGUACAGUCCUACUCAGGUUUGCAGAAGUCAGGCAUAUUCUAAUCUAGAUGGAGUAUUUAGUACUUUAGGGCUGGACCAAUAUAUGUACAUUAUUUUCCCCUAUUCAAAUCAAAGUUCCCCCUUUUAUACCUUUGAUUUAUUGUUGCAGUUAUAUUACACAGAAACAGAAUAAUCCAUUAUAGCUAUAUAAAUUGAUAACAUUUAUAUGAAAAUAUAUUUUAAUACCCCUGUUAAGUAUGAUUUAUGUAAAAGAUUGAGAAAACAGCAACAUUUUCAAGGUUUUUAUUCUGUUAAUGCAUUUUAUGUUAAUUCACUAAAACGUUAUGGAGUGGUUUGUUUAAAGCUUUAAAACAAAAUUGUUACUUUAUAUUGAAACAUGUACACCAUUAUUGUUAUUCAGUUAUUUGCAUGCUAUAUUUAACAUGACUGUAGAAAAUAAAACAAAGCAAAUAAAAAAUAUUGAGUGCAAAUUAUUGUCAAAGUUUACAUUUUUAGAAAACAGUAAG